CCGACUGGCGCCAAUUCUAGAGUGUGCUACAUCCGGGCCUUUUCCAGUCUGCAGAGCCGCUCAGCUGAAGCCCCACCUUUAAGCAGCCAUGGACUUGGGUGUAUUUGAAGCAGAUAAUUCGGUCAGCUGUCGGCUGGCCUCCGCUGUGCCGGAGGACUGUAAGAACGAGGACUGCUGUCUGGGUAUCGAUGAGGCUGGAAGGGGUCCUGUUCUGGGUCCGAUGGUGUAUGGAAUAUGUUUCUGUCCUGUAUCCAGAAAGGAGGACCUGAAGGGUCUGAAAGUGGCAGACUCAAAGACUCUAUCAGAAGCAGAGAGGGAGAACCUGUUCGAGAAGCUGGAUGAGGCAAAGAGCUUUGUUGGCUGGGCCCUUCAGAUCCUGUCGCCCAAUACCAUCUCCACCAGCAUGUUACAGAGGGCGAAGUAUAAUUUAAAUGCACUGUCACACGACGCUGCUAUUGGCUUGGUGCAGUUCGCUCUGGACUCCGGAGUACAACUUAAAGAGGUAUUUGUGGAUACAGUGGGUCCAGCAGAAAAGUACGAGGAGAAGCUGUCUAAACGUUUUCCUGGAAUAAAAGUUACAGUGCGACCCAAAGCAGACUCUCUCUUCCCCAUAGUCAGUGCAGCCAGUAUCUGUGCCAAGGUGGCCAGAGAUCGAGUAGUGAAAGACUGGAAGUUUGCAGAAGAUCUCGGGGAGGUGGACACGGAGUACGGUUCAGGAUACCCUAACGAUCCAAAGACUAAGAGCUGGAUGCUGAAGUAUCUGGAUCCAGUGUUUGGAUAUCCUCAGUUUGUGCGGUUCAGCUGGAGCACAGCACAGACACUAAUGGACAGUAAAGCAGUUACAGUACACUGGGAUGACGACGAGGAAGAUGGUGAGAAAGCAGCAGCUCGCCAAAACAACACCUCCAUGCUGUCGUACUUCGGCCGCAACAAACCAGCCGGCCAGACACAAACUCGGGAGACGCAUCGCUUCUUUACUGAGCGCCGAUUACAGACCGUCGACACACUCUGAGCACACACACACACACACACUAACACACACACUCGGAGUAGAUUUCCAGAGCUAGUUCUGCAGCUUCAGCACUAAAGUCCAGUGUCUGCUGGAAUUGUCAUGUUGUAUUUUAUGCAUAUUUUCUUAAUAUCAAAGUAAUAAAAAUGCAUAUUUUAUACAGUACAAA